AUGCAGCAACAGCGCAUGCAGCAGCAUCUUCCCAUCCGGGGCAGCUCCAUGGGCCAGAUGGCCGCUCAGAUGGGACAGCUCGGCCAAGUCGGGCAGCCUGGGCUGCGGCAGAUAGUACCACAGUACCCAGCAGGCCCUGCAGCAGCGGAGAUGAAGCAGCAGAUCGGGUCCCCAGGCCAGCCAAACCCCAUGAGCCCCCAGCAGCACGUGCUCUCAGGACAGCCUCAGGCCUCACAUCUCCCUGGCCAGCAGAUCGUCACAUCCCUUAGUAACCAGGUGCGGUCUCCAGCCCCCGUGCAGUGUUGGAGGCCCCAAUCCCAGCCUCCACAUUCCAGCCCAUCUCCACGGAUGGAGCUCCAGCCUUCACCACACCAUGUCUCGCCCCAGACUGGCUCCCCCCACCCCAGACUCACGGUCACCGCGGCCAGCUCCAUAGAUCAGGGACAUCUGGGGAACCCUGAACAGAGUGCGAUGCUCCCCCAGCUGAACUCCCCAAACCGGAGCGCACUGUCCAGAGAACUGUCCCUGGUAGGUGACACCACGGGAGAUGCACUAACAAAGUUUGUGGACAGUGUGUAG